AUGGCCGCAGCAACCAGCCCGGUGUCCGCCCUCAGCGCAUACCGUCAACUUCUCCGGGCUACUCGGAUUGCAUUCAAUGGAGAUUAUCCCGUUCUUCACGCUGCUCGAGCAGAGGCUCGUAAACAAUUUGAACAAAACCGACAACUCGGCGUUGAUACUCCAUUGAAAAUUCAACAUGCGCUCGAAACAGCCCAUAUCCUGAAGACAAAUAUUGUCCAAGGGACAAAAAUAGAGACUAAGGACGAGGGCGGAGAGAAGGUAGAUCGAUAUUCUUUGCGGAUACACGAAUAUACGGAGCGCGGAGACAAUGAUACUAUAAAAGCCGCCGGUGAGAAGCCAGUCAAGGUUGGAAAGGGAUGCUGCUCCUCAUAA